GUCCGCGCAUCGCUUAUUUUGCUCUAUUGUUUUAAAAAUAGCGGAGCUCUUAGGUAAAACUCUGCAAAGAAAUGUAGAAAAUUUAUGUAAUGGCAAAAGAAGCUGGGAUCUAAGACGACAGAACUGUGCGUCAGUCGCAGAGGAAUAACUAGGAAAAAUUAUACCAAUGAUGAGGGAAUUUGGGAAGUUUAAAUGAUGGAAGAAGUGCUUACUUCAUUGUGUAGGGAUGCCACGUCGAACAAGUUGAAAUCUGUCAGAGACGCUUGCAACGCCGCUACGGAUGGAUUGCUUUUGACACGGACAGGCACACGGACGCUUGAGCCAUUUGAGCUAAGGGAUAGAUGUCUUCUACCGCUAAAAUUGGCGCUGGAAUCACGGGUCUCCAAACUUGCUGGAAAUGCUAUAAAUGGCCUCCAGAAAUUGAUAUCGGAUGACCGUUUCCGGUCACAUGGCGAGGAGGACAUCGAUGCUCAACUUCCGGUACAGUUCAUUAAUGCAGUGGUGUCCACUCCCUCUCUGACAGACGAGGUUCAAGUCGAGAUCAUGAAGAUGCUUCUGAUCAUCACGUGCUCGGCAUCUUGUGAAGUCCAUGGGGAAUAUCUCAUCAAGAUCGCGGAGAUUUGUAUCAAGACGUACACGCGCGCCCAUCAGCAGGCCACGAAGACCGCGUGUCGCGCGACCCUCACGCAGAUGCUGAGCUCCGUGUGUCACCGCCUUCAGGAGAGCCUCAAUCACACCCAGGGUCAGAAGGAUGGUUCAGACAUCAGAAUAAUAAAACCGGGCAAUCUUUCGUCGACGGAUAACAACAAGAUCCUUAGCCAAGAUGUGGUGUUGCUGCUGAAGCAUUUCUGUUUUCGCCUUACUUCCGGGCCCAGCUCCCCGUCACAGCAAAGCAGCAGUCAGCCAUUGCCGCUGUACCUUGAAGCUAUCCUAGUGAUGCUCGGCAGCCUGUUCACCUCGCUACAAGAGGACAAGGAGUUCAUCACUGUCAUAUGGCAAUUACUCUGUCCAGCCCUUAUCCAGCUUCUCGGAAGCCCGAUAACCGACCUCAAUAAGAAACACAAACUGGCUGGAUCCACGGAGGACAUCAAUCGAGGGGGACGAGGCAGUGGGAACUUCCCCAAGGUGUCGCCUGUGGUCGGGCCCGUGCCAAGGACCAUAUACAAUAUCGCAAAUGAGCUCCUUAGGCUCGUUGGACCGCUAGCGGCCAUGCGGCCUGUUCUGGAAUCUCUGUUCCAUCGAAUCAUCUUGUACCCACCAACGUAUCAGAGGACGGAAGCGUUGAAGGCACUGAAAGAGAUCUUCGCAAGCCCUCAACGCUUACUGGACGCCGCCGGACCAACCAUUAUCGAUAAAGACAACCCCCCUUCACCAGAUUCCCCCACGGAACAGAAAAAGUCUGACCUGGAUUUACUAAGGCUAAUGAUGGAUGGCGUGGUUGAGUCCGCUCAUUGCGCCGACAGUACAGUGGCCAGCUGCAGUGUAGCAUGCGUAGUAGCGUUGCUGGGCUCCUUGGAAGACUUGAGUCAAGGUCGUGGAUUGAGCGAUGAGCACAUCGAGUGGCUGAACAAACUGAAGGAGUCCGAUAGCUGGGAGGAACUCAACAAGCUGAACAUCAACUAUGAUAAUCCAGCGUCCGCGAGAUCUGUUCCGAAAUUUACAGUCAGCGAAGAGACCUUCGAGGAGCGCUCAGAAAGUGCACAUUGGAUAGUAGACAACGGCGAUGGAAAACGACCAAGUCCCGAAGGUGACAUAAGCUCGGUGACUGAGAGGUUCCUCAAAAGCGGAAGCAUGUGGGACGGCAAUGAGGACGAAUCUAGAGAAGAUGACGACUCCCGGGUUUUGCAGCCAAAGAGCGUACAUUUCGCACCCGAAGACGAAGUAGCCAUGUUUGAAGCCCAUGAGAUGGAGACCAACAAACACAACGCGGCCAUGCAGCGCACAGGGAACCCGCGUCGCGGCGGUGGAUCUCGUGUUCCUGUCAAACGCUCCUCCUCAUUCGAGAACCGGAAACCGAGUCCGAAUAGGAGACGAGGGCCUGGUAACGAGCCUAGAUCUCGUCUCAAUUCGGACCCAUCGAUACAAGUAAAGGACCUUGCUCCUAGAUCGUAUACAGACUUUGAUUUAUCGCCGCAGAAAAUCACUAAAACCGAUGCGAAUGGGUUUCCGAUCAAACGUUCGAACUCGUGGACCGCGCUUACUACCUCCGAAGACCUUGAAGUGCCCCCACGGAGUCACACACCCCCAGGGGUGAGGGGUGGUGUGCCCUCUCGCCCCAGUACCCGGCCUGGUGGGGAGCAAGGUUGGGAUGACCACAGGGAUCCCGAAACGUUCAAAACAAGCAGCGAAAUUUUAACCGCGAAGAAGACUUAUGUUGAGUCAAAGGCAGUGAAGAUGGAGGCGCGGGAGAGGGCUGAGAAAGCGGUGCAAGACGAACGGGAACGCACCCCAGGAAAAGGGCCACGCCCAAUUCUUAGACGGACCCGCUCGGCGUCUGAUUUCGAUCGAAAGCAAGAAGCAAAACAAGGGAAACCUAAAGGGAUAUUAGUGAAGUCACAAAGCGCCGAUGAACCCGAGCCUGAAGUACAAAAACUGUCAAAGAAACCGCAGCCUCAAAGAGCUGUGGUUAAAAUUAACGGCGUCUACGUGAGUAGAAAUAGAGAAGCGAAACAGCCACCGAGUCCUCAGAAGCAGGCGCCAGUGGAAGUGCGUAAAGCGAGCGAUGUUAAGAAGAACGUAGAGGAGAACGAGAGGGAAGGUGCGCGAAACUUCGCCCGAUGUCUACUCGGGAUUCUACCCUCAGUUCUCAGCCUGAACGAUCCAAUCACAGUGGACGAAGCACUGCAGCAGUUUGCCUCUGACGUUUGCGAGGCGGUCACGUGUAUGUCUCUACGACGGAAGAAUGUUCCAAAUUUCGGAACACUUCGCGGACGAUCGGAUCUUGUCGACGAGAGUUCUGGAAAGGGCGCGACGUCCGACCCGCAUUACCCGAUACUCAAUGCGGACGGGGUUUACGUCACUGUUUACACGACAUUGAGCCUGAAUUUCAAGUUGCUGAUCAGCGGUCAUUACCAAAAGAAGACAAGCACCCCGCCGUUGACACAGCAAGAAUUCGUGGACAGCAUUCUGAACAGCGGGGUCAUCGUGGGCCUCUCCUCGGUGUGGCUCGGAGAGCUCUACAGAUUAGUGACCACAUACAACAUCCUGGGUAAGGCCGGGUACCAGCCCAAGAACCCAGGGACCAACAGGGCACUGGUCAGUCUGCUGUCGGAGAACAUAUUUGCAAGCGAGAAGGACACUGGGGACGACACCUUCUUAAAUCAGCAGGAGCCUAGUCACAUGACCCCGGCGCGCCGCGAGGGGACUAAGUUCGCGCGAAGAGUGUUGCUGACCACAUGGUCAUCCGUGCUGGAGGUUCUAUCGCUGCCUCUUGAGACCUCGACAUCGGCCAUGGGAACAAGUAACGGCAUCGCUGCAAUGCUCGGAGGGGAUACCAGGCGUGACCAUAACCGAGAGCGUGACACUAUCUGCUUGAGUCUGGAUGGAUUGCGGCGUGCCGCCAGGCUUUCCUGUACCCUUGGGAUCCAGACGCGGUGCGAACUCGUGUUAGCGCUACUAGCUAACGCCUCCUGCGGGGUAGAGGGGUCGGGUGGAAAGCGCGCUCGUGCCCAUGCCCCGCACGUCCCCGUAAAGCUGCACGCUGCGCAUGUCUUGAGUAUGGAUGGACUGCUGGCCGUGGGGGUGGAGCUUGGUAGUCACGCGCCAAAAUGUUGGAGGCACGUGUUCAGGUGCUGUACGUAUAUCGCCGAGCUGGAGAGACAGCACAUCAACAGCAGCGGCCUAGACCCGUCCCAGCUUACCCUCCCGACUACUCCCCGAAAGAACCACGACCUGACGUCGCCACUUUCCGACACCUCCAGCAUCUCCGACUACCUCAAUGGCGACUCGUCUCCGAAUAGCGAUAAGUCCCGACGUGGCGAGUCCUCUCCGAAUAGCGGAGGAUUACUGAACCCAGCCGAUGCUUCUCGGGCGAUAUUCGCAUUGUCGGCGGCGGUCGAUCGGCUGUUCGAGCACGCGGCGAAUACAUUAAAUGUGGAAGCGCUGUUAUCAUUCUUACAGUCCUUGAUCCAAGCCUCCCAGACUCAGCUAUUUGGAAAUCCCCAAGAAACCUCUCUAAGUACAGGAGUGAUCGCAGGCUCCACUGUUCAGCAGUCCGCCGCUACCACACUUCACCUCUAUCGCAUUGCUGACGUCAUGCUGAGAUGCGCCCGCAAUGCUAACAGGCCGCUGCUUCAUCUGUUACGCGGUUGGUCUGUUCUCGCGCCACAUUUCGUGGAGGCUGCUUGCCACAGAGACCAUCAGAUUGCCAAGCUGUCAAUCACUUCCCUGCAUGACGUGCUGACGGAGCUGCUGAGCAAGCGCACUGAGUUGCCGCAUUUCUGGUUCCACGAGAUGCUCUUCAAGCCCUUCGAGAAUAUUCUGGCGCUGGAGCUUUGUGGGGAGGAAGAGCAGGACCAGAUUAUCGCCACCCUGUCUGAAAUGGUCGAUGGUCACUCUGUUAGUAUCAAGUCAGGCUGGCGAAGUGUGUUCGGCGCCGUUCGGUCCGUCCGAAUCUAUACUCGGAACAACUUCGAGAAUUACGAACCUGAUUCGAGAGCAGCUUUGGUAUUCAAUGUCAUCUCCUCGUUCCUCAACAACAAAAAUCCCGCCGUAUUCGGAGCAGCAGCAGUCCAGUGUAUCCAGACUUUGCUGAAGAUCGUACGCGGAUCGGCACACGACGAGCCUCCGGACGACAGCCGAAGCGAUAACGACAGCAUAAUGAGCAGCGAGAGCGGCACGAUCAGUGAUAUGUGCCUGCCAGCACUAGAUUACUUAUCUAAUAUCUCCAAGAAGUUGGCUUCCAUUCACAUUAUGCCGUCAAGUUUAGUGUUUCACGGCGCGCACGCCAUAAGACUGCAGGAUACUAGCAAUCAGGAGGUACCCGAGGGGGGACUGGGGGCGAGCCCUACCAAGCAGAAUACGGGGAUGAAAAUGAAGACGAUAUCAGCAACCAGUGCAGCCACCAUCACGUCCAUUGACGACACAGGAAUCCUCAGAGUGUGGUACCUUCUUUUGGAGGGGCUCACGAAUGCGGUCUCGCAUUGUCCCCGCCGCUACCAGCCCCAGACAUUAGAGGUCCUAUUCGACAUCCUCCGGUCCAUAACUACAGUGCCGGGCGCUAAUUUCUCGAUAUACACCGUAACCAAUUUGCUUCUACCGAUGCUGAGGAACUGGGUCUAUCGAGGCGAGCGGAACAGGCAUUAUUGGGAGAGUACAGCGGCCAACUUCAAACACGCAUGCGGCCUGGCCACAGAACUUAUCGUGGAGGAGCUACCGCAGUUUCUAAGCGUGCAAGGUGCGGCCGAGUGCGUGCCAGGGAUGGUGAAACAGAUACUGGACCUUCUUAUCGACUGCGUCUCACAGCCUGUGGAGGGCAUCGCGAGACUUGGAUGUUCAUGUCUCAGGCACCUUCUGCUGUCGGGGGGUCCGUUGUUCACGGAGGACCUAUGGCAGAUAGUUUGUGAUGGUCUCCAAGAAGCCGUCCAGGCCACCCUCUUUGACAUCAAGGACCUGGUAACGUGCUUUCAGCCGAGCUCGAAUAGCGUGACGGGAGAUGAGGGUAUGAUUGUCAAGGUGGUGGCGAGGAGGGAGGGCAUGUACAGCGAUCCAAUCAGAUUGCAGCAAGUCGCCGAACAGGUGUUUCUACUGGACAGCCAGGUGAUUGGGUUUCCUGUGCGUAAGGGGGGCGAGACUCGAGAGGAGACAAGCGACGAAGAAGAGACCCGUACAUAUGUGUUUGUGCUGUCGACCUUUGAAAAUAAAGACAAACCCGAGAUGGCAAACAGGGUCUCCCUGAGAAGUCUGAUCGUCGGCUUACUUUCCCAUCAACUGCUUCUUCAAACCAUAAGCUCCAUUCUAUUGGACAGCAACGACACCCUCAACCAAUCAAUGAGCUCCAUUCCUGCUGUCAUGGCAACGGAGCUCGCUAGUGACAGCUCGGUGGAGUCGCCAGAGUCGGUUCUCCCGGGACUCCUGUCUUACCUGUCACCCGCAAACCUGUCUGUCCUGUUUGACUGCCUCAUGGAAUCACACACGGUCGCAUACGAGUUCAACGCACGGCCUGGUUUACGAUCCCUGAUUCAGAAACUCGCGAAGCUCGACGCUCCGGCAAACCUGCUCCGCCAGUCAACCACAGCGUUCACGUGCUACCUCCACACAUUGUUCCAAAUUUGCAAACACAGCGGCGAACACUUUAGUAGCUCGCACAUCAAGCGCAUUUUAACAGGGGACCGUGUCAACGGUAACCCAAGCAACGGAAACCAUGUCCUUGGUAACGGUAACGGCAAUGGCAAUCAAGUUCAUAGCAACGGCAACCAUGCCCACAGCAACGGUUUUCAUGGCAACGAGAAAGAGGAGGUCGCCAAGGACGAGGUGUUAAGCAGUCCCAAUCGUCACAAUGAUCUGUUAAAGGGAGAUCGCAGCGUGGACUGGAUUGUGAGGCGGCUGCACGAGGCCUGCGAUCAGUUGACCAGCGUGUACGUGCGCAUGCUCAGUCAGUACAGCAGCGAGCCGCAAUACACGUACAACAUCCAGACGGAGUUCGACUUUGACCGAAGCCUCUCAUGGACACCCAUCUCAUCACCCGCAAGGGACCAUGGUAUCUUUAACCCGGACGAGCUUCCAAAUUCUCCGUCGGUCAGCGGCAAGAGGAGGCAGUCGCCAGACUACAAAUCACGUGACAGGACUCGUCAGCACUUGGAUGAUGACCUGAGGAUGAUUGAGCUUGAGCGACAGAUGCUCAAACGUAAGGAGGACGAGCUUCUCCAGCUGGGCGUGUGGACGAGCUUGGUAUCGACCAUGCUUGAGGCCCUUCUUGGACUCCCUACCCUCCAGUUUAAGGCUGUCUUGCCAGCGGUGUUUCCCGCUGUGACAGGCCUCGUAGCAAGCGGAACUGAUCCGAAAGUUAGGCAAUUAGUUUGCGACGUUGUGCGAAGAGUAGGAGUCAUAUAUGGUAUAUUAUAAGAUUAAGAGCUUUAUAUAUAUAAUAUAGUAUGAGAAUUAGUACAGUAAGUUUAAUAUAGUAAAAGCAAUAUAUGUAGUUUUUAGUGGAACAUUUAUUAUUUCAGCAAUAACGACGGUCGUGUUAACAAAACGCUGAGCAAGUCAUCUAUGGAUAUGUCACGUCAUAAUUUUGUCACGGUCACGUCAUAAUUUUGUCACGGCACGUCAUGAAUUAAGGAACUUUAAGCAAUGACGACAUCGUGGACGACAACGGAGUGAGAAUUCAAUAGAGUUACGUAGAAAUGCACUCUGAAACAUUUCAGCCGUGUCACACCAAACUAGGGGCUGAAAAAUCCAUGUUGAAAGGCUCAUUCUAGAACGCGGACGUUUCUACUGUAAAAAUAAUCCCUUAUUUUCACCCUGAUCUCGUUGACCUAGCCGUCGUCGUUUCUAAAGGUCCCUUUUGACACAGUCAACACGGGUAUGUAACGACAAAAUCAUAUAAGCGGUUUGUUAAGAUUACGUUAGGGUAACUAUUUUCUUAAAUUAAAACCAUUUGGGUCAUCUUCGAAAACAAAAAAAAACUUUAACAGGAUUAUCGAAUUUCUAUUUUCUGCCUCGACGUCAUCGACAUGCCUACUUCCUUUAACAAGAGUGAUGAAUUCAGAUGGCGAUAAAUUAGUUUUCUUUCACGACAAAAUAUUUAGCUACGAGUUGCCUUAGCAUCUAAAGGGGAGCGGAGCCCCUAAGGAAAUGACCAGUAGGGGCGUGGCUCUGCACCCCAUAUCAACUCUGGGCAAUCAAGGAAAAUAUUACGCUGUAAAAAUCUCCAAAUAGACGAAGAAAAAGUUUCACUAGCAAUACUUUUAAGUGAUAAUUGUAUAUGGCUUAGCACAUACAGCUUUGGGAUUAGAGAGCUUAAGCAAGUCAACACGAACGGCAUCACAAACGGCGCGCGCUUACGAAUUGCUGAAAAACGGCGUUGACGUCCGUGAAAUCUCGAACGGCAUUUUCCCUAAUUUUACGUUCUAUGCGCGCUGAUGCCGUUCGCGUUGGCUUGCUUAAGCUCUCUAUUAUUUAAACUAGAACGCCACUAGGCACCACAAAGCGUCAUGCACGCGUAGCGAUGAGGGUCCUUAGGCCGGUGGGCACGGGUGAUAGCUUAAACUCAAGCAAGCGAAGUAUGCAGUAAAAAAAUACAAUAAAUAUUAUGCUAGUUUUGUGAA